AUGUUCGAAAGAUUUUCGCGCACGGACUGGUACGACUGGGGCCAUGAAGACGCCUGCCUAUUCCAAAGUGACGAUGAAGAGGAAAUUGACGACGUCGGUGGCAAUCCUCAGUCUGCGCAGCCAAACACCGCGUGCGAAGUCACUGCGAGUGCACCGCUCACCCACACACAAGCGAACGAACCAAAACCCACCGAUACUCGGCCGAACGAACCACAAUCCAUAGGAACCAUCUGUGAGCCCACGCAUACCUUUGGCGAUUCAAUCAACACAAGCACUGCUCCUCGCAACACCUCAAUCCAACUUGCGCACGAUGCCGGUGAUCAGGUUGGUAUGCCCGGACAAUCUGAGGUUGAACUGUCGGGUGUGGACCAAUCCUUAGCGCCACUCGGUAGUCACUCUGGUCGAGUCCUGCAGACUAGUAUAGCACAAAGCAAUCAGUCUGAGCCGUAUCCCAUACAUCCUUUAAAACUGCACCAUCAGUCAACUCAGAAACCAAUCCAGGUCAACCCCCAACCUGUCGAAACCAAACCACUACCUCUCGAGGUGAAGCCACAAGCAAGAGAGGAAGAGCCACGUCUCAGUGCAUCGGUACAAUUACCAUCGCUGACCGAUGAUUCGAGUAUACCUGAUCAUCCAAGUACACCUGAUAAUUCAAGUACACCGGAUAAUUUUUAUAUAUCAAGACCGAAUGCCGUUUCCAAGAAAAACGGUAGUAACGGAUCGGCAUCCGGGUCCGUUGGUGGCGGUGCUGUAUCUACUUGUGACAUCACCGCCGCCCAAAGGGCUCAACCCAAAGAUACGGCCAUCGACCUAAAACUCGUAAAGUGUGACGUAUGUGGACGCGAUAGUUUCUGGCUUUGCAAAUGCAAAGGGCGUCGGUUCUGCGGACGCGCAUGUCAGCUGAAGGAUUGGAGAGCUGGACACAGGGCAGUGUGUGCGAAUCGCACAAAAGACUCCACGACAAAAAUCAGUUCAAAUCACCCGUGUCAUGGUUGUAUGGCACAUCGGAAAGUGAAUGAUGACAACGGUACAAGAGCCAAAGAUGUUGUCCACAGCAGCAAGCAGAAGAGCGCACACGAUGGCACUAACGGUAUUCAGCGAGAGGAAAUACACUUUGGUGAAAGCGCCAGUACGGGUGAUCGCAAAAUCACGGCAGUGGAUACCUCAUUGCGGCUUAACCACUAUCCCGCGCAAACGAGCACAGUCGGCGCACAGUCUGCCGCAUGGAUGGGAAAUCCGGGAGUUGAGUUUCCUCGCCAACUGAAGGAAGAACAUUUAAAAGCUCUAAGAGUAUCAUGUCCAGUAUGGGGUUGCCGUACUAGUUUUAAGAAUACGCGGAAUCUAGGUACGCACAAGGCUAAAUUUCAUCCGAAAAGAGUGGCUGAUACUCUCCGCAACACAAUCAACACUGACAACAAGACAGACGUUCCAACAGGUGAUGCUACCACUAUACCCAACACAAUCAACACUGAACACAGCACAGUUCAUACCACCAAUAAUACAGUAGACACUGAGGGCAACACAUUUGAGACCGUAUCCGAGAUGCCCGAGCCUCUGGCCUACAGGUGUGAUGUUGGCCCAACGGGAAAUAAGACACUGCUGCAGUGUGCAAAGGUAAAAAACCCCAAAAACUCACAAGGAUACGAAACCAUGACUUCAGGUCCGCUACUAUCGUCUGCAGUGCCGAUGAAGGCCUUGACAGGCAAGCCCCAUGAGCAUAACAAUGAGCAUUGUCCUAAUACUGGAUCCUCCCAGCCUCCUAACGGGGUCAAAUCUGCCCUUGCUUCUGUACCCGAACGUACCAAUUUUUAUCGUGAAAAUAGCUCCAAUGAAGCCGCAGUGACAAAAAUCCACCGUUCGUCGAUAGAGACUGUAUCGGUGGAUACGGCUACGACAAAUACGGACAUGACGGCGUCGGGAGUUCCAAAGCAAGUUGGACCAAAAGCACAUUGCGGUCUGAGUUUUAAAUGUGUGGUCGCAGAUUGCUGUGCGAUAUUGGCAGAUGCUAAUCGGUAUCGCCAGCAUAUGCGAGACUCUCAUUGGGAAGAGUACAGGCGAAGAACCCCUUAUGCAUGCCAAGAGAAAGGCUGCGACAGUCGCUACACGAAUGAGGACAAAUACAAACAACACAAGAUAAGCCACGCGAAGCUUAAACUUAAAAGAGAGGUGACUGGUCAGCAGACCCCUGGUCUAACGAAGACAGACGAUCAAGUGGCUGCGAGGCGAGCAGCUGAGAAGCGAAAGGAUACCACAGGGCCGAAGGCAGUUACUCAGGAGAGCUACAGCGCAUCAGUCGGUGCGCCAAUGGACAGGACACCGUCUGAGUUUACAAUUGUUCCGAGUGCGGUGUCGCAUAGGGCUUCUGGACCUGACAAUAUCCCACAACGCAAUGGACAUGCGUCGCUUGCGCUUCCUAGUACGAGGGGCGCUGCAGUUUUAAAGCUUGAGGCCCUGCAAUCACACAGGAUUCAAGAGCCCACCACACAACAAGGAAAGUCAGCAAUACCUCAGACACAGCGCAAGGAGACCAUACCAACACCAAGUGGGUCUAACGCUCGACAGUCACAGAGCAACAGGAUUGCUGAGCCCACCAGACACCAAGGAAAGUCAGCAAUACCUCAGACACAGCGCAAGGAGACCAUACCAACACCAAGUGGGUCUAACGCUCGACAGUCACAGAGCAACGGGAUUGCUGAGCCCACCACACAACAAGGACAGUCAGCAAUACCUCAGACACAGCGCAAGGAGAUCAUACCAACACCAAGUGGGCCUAUACCUCCACCGUCUCUGAGUAAGUGUGCUGCCCUAUAUCCUCAGAACGUGCCUGUGCCUUCGAAAAUGCCUGUGGCUGUCUCAUUGCCUGCGUGUCUAUCACAGACUGUGCGCAACGGCCCAAUCUCAAUGUCCACCAAUGCUGCGGAACGUAUCGGCCUGUCGGUUGUUAAGAGUGCUAGGCAUUUGGGAGCGAACUCCGAAACUCGUCCGCAACUAUUGACCAAAAGUAUGGCCACGGCGGAGGUAAUCUGCAUCAGCUCAGAUGACAACGAUGUCAUGGCGCAGAGUGCCAGACCAGUCCCAAUUACUCAAGCCCCCUCCAGCGGUGAAAGAAAGCGCGCACGGACAGAUAAAUAUUCCCUUGCAAACCAGGACUCAGACGAUAACGAUAUAUGCAAUACCACGAUGAAAUCAUAUUAUGCGUCUCGGUCUCACAUAGGAUAGGUACUCGCUGAAACGUGGGACCAUAUCACGGUUUGACUUGGCAUCUGACCUCCCGUGCGCAGAAAUAAAAGUCAGCUGUAAUGAAUAUCCAUGCAAGCACCUGACACUUGUGUCUCCAUUGGUGCACUAUACAUGUGCCGGCGGUGUUAUAAGAAUGACAAUACCCUCGCAAUUGCAACCAAAUCGAAGGGUUAAUGGAGCACGAAAUACUACUAUCUACGGUCUGAAAGAAUUCACUAUAAAAU